AUGGCCGACGAGAUACGGCUUCGCGCAGCCUGUGAUCGAUGCCACUCACAGAAACUGCGUUGUCCUAAGAAGUCUGGAGAAGCGAUUUGCGACAGAUGUCUUAGAGCGGGGGCGAGCUGUAUGUUCAGUCCAUUUCGACAGAAGAAACCGGUAUUUGUCAGCGGUAAAGAUCAUACGGCAGUCGACACAAGCGAUCGAUUUGCAGCACCUAUCGAAGAGGGGUUUAUAGAUGUAAAUGAUCGGUUGAGAAGUUCGAAAAGGAAGAGAACCUCUAACUCAACACAAAACGCUGACUCAGUAGAUACAGAUACUUCUGAUUUGGCCACCAAGACGGCCUUUGAAAUAGGUCCGAUCACUGGAAAUGAGUUGCUACUUUGGGGUGCGGGUACCACCGACAUUAUCACAGAGCAAGAUCCAAACACAUGCUUCUUACGAUCUGACCAGGGAUUUGGCAAUCAGAGUCCGGGCCUCUAUCUCAACUUCGAUGAGGCGAUACUAGAGUCACCUCCUUGGUAUAAUCCCAAAGAUAUGAUUUCACCUCGCUUUAUGUCGUCUGAGAGUCCUAUGUUACGAGAACUGACACCUCUAUCUUUCAAGGCUGGCACCGAUGAGAGCAUGUCCAUUCCGCCUUUGAGUGGAAGUCUCGAAUUUCCUCGACCAUGUGAACUCAUGGCACAAUGCCAAAUGAUGCAAACGCCUAGUAACCUGGUACGGCAAUUGUCGGAAUUGAGUAUCGAGCUCUACGACUGUUCUAUGAAAGUACCGCCUCAAGCUAUUCAUUCCAAGGUUGCACUAUCACCUGAAGCGAUCAAGAGGUUUUCGAGUUUCAGUCUUGAAGAGGUGGUGUGCCUGACGCAGAAAGCCAUCAAUCUGUACCCGCAUUUCCUGAUUGCCUUAUUCGGGGCAUGUACCAAGUCAGCAGGUUGUGCUAUGGAUAUGUCUAUCAACAAACCAUCUGACUCCUCCGUCGCGGACUCGAACGAGGAUCAAGCUUCUGCAAUUCACAACACGGUUGUUGAUCACUCUGCGAUUCUGCUUGUGCUAUCAUGUCAUUUGCGACUGGUAUCUAUUUGGGAACAGCUCCUUCUACACAUGUCGGCGACCUUAAAGCAACCUUCAGGAAACUGCUUUCAUGCGCUCUACAACACCGCAAACUGCGCACCACCAAAUUUCAAACUAGGAAGCUAUGUUCCACCAACGUCCAUCACUGUGUCUAUGCAUAUGCUUUUGUACUCAACACAUUUCAAGCAACUUUACAAUUUUGCUGAUGAAUUAUCGACGAAUUUGCAGUUCGAUUGCAAUGAAUCUAUAGCGCAGAGUUUCUAUUCUGGAACAGGUGCUAUGUCAUUUAAGGCGGUAGCGGACGUGAAAGAACGCACGCGUGGAAUAUCGACAGACCUCAAGAGGUUGGUGGGUGUGCUUCAAGAGUCGGGAUUGGUGCAUGAGUUAUCAUAA